CUUCAGUCUUGCACAGGUGUACCGGCUCCUCCCCUUCAGUCUUGCACAGGUGUACAGGCUCCUCCCCUUCAGUCUUGCACAGGUGUACCGGCUCCUCCCCUUCAGUCUUGCACAGGUGUACCGGCUCCUCCCCUUCAGUCUUGCACAGGUGUACCGGCUCCUCCCCUUCAGUCUUGCACAGGCGUACCGGCUCCUCUCCUUCAGUCUUGCACAGGUGUACCGGCUCCUCCUCUUCACCUGACUGUCCCUAAUCCACCACUUUCAUUUGUUGUACUUCAGUUCCUUCAAACACGGAGGGCCAGCAUCCCAAGUGGGCAUUACCCAGGGAGAUCUAUCUGCACAUGCAGCCUGCCUAGGAACGCCCACUCCUCCAGACUGACACCCACCCAUCAAGGCAUU